AUGUCACCUCCAUCAAUGUCAUGUACUUAUCCUCAUUUUUACACAUCUCCAAUAUCGUAUUGUACAUAUUGCUCGUCUCCACCUUUAUUUUCUCAGCAACAAAUGUCAACAUCACCAGCACAAACAUUUCAUUAUUCACAAGCAUCUUUUUCUUUCUCUUCCAGUAAUAAUCAAGCGCAAUCACAACCAAUAACGUCAAAAACUGCACGAUUACAAUAUUCAACUAAAGAUCGUUAUAUACUUAAUGAAUUAUUCAAACGAACACCUUAUCCAAAUGCUAUCCAACGUGAUUUAAUUGCUCGACAACUUGACAUAGCAUCUGAACAUAUACGUAUUUGGUUUCAAAAUCGACGUCGUUUACAAACAUUGCGUGAUUCUGGUGAACGAUUAGCAACAGUAAAUGAACUUACUGCUCUACAAUUAGGCAAGACAAUAGUUGAUUCAAGUGAAUUAAAAACAUUACUCAAUGAAAUUGCAAAAUUCAAAAAUGCUUCACCACGAAUUCGACUUAAUGAAUCGUCUUAA